AUGGGCCAAAGCUUCAUGGUGCUCAAUUUGCUCUACUAUGCCAUCAAAUCAAAAAUAUCUGACCGCUAUAAAGAAAGGGUCGAGAUUUUUCUCCAAAAUCACUCUUUGCUUUUGAAGAAUGUGCAACAAAACGACAGUGGAAGUUACAUUGCAGGUGUUUUCGGGGAUGAUAACACUUAUGUGGGUAAAUACAGCGUCACAGUUCAAGAUCCAGUGUCUCUGGUUAAUGGGACAGUGGACAUACACUCCAAUAGCUCCGACUCCUGUGACCUCACAGUGACCUGCAGCUCACAGGACUCCCAUCACAUCACCAGCACUUUUAGAUGUGACACCAACACCUGCAGCCAGGAGGGAGGAGAGAGGUCAAAGGUCACGACCUCUGGCGCCUCCCUCCGUGUCUACCUGUCCGAAGCCUUCUCAGUUAUCUGUAGCCAUAGCAACCAGGUCAGCUCGGACGAGCACAUAACAAUUAUAAGAGACUUUUGUUUCUUAAUUCCUGAUGAAAGUGUGGACAUGGAAAACACAAUGUACGAAUCUGUUCAGAAUCCAAUCGAUGAUGCUGCAGCUCCUUCUCUGUCCUCCAUCUACAGCUUGAUCGAAGUUGGGUCCAUUAAAUCCACUGAGGCCGGAGACACGACUCAGCCUGAGAGCCUGUAUGCUCAGGUGGAGAAGUCGGCCCUGGCCUGA